CGCCAACCUUGAGACGUAUUACAGUUGUUCGCUUCAUCCUCCGCUAUUUUAGUACCAAGACCAGCUAGCUGAUAAUAUACUAAGUAUAUUUCUUCCAACCAACAGAUUGGUGCCAACAACAAUUGUAUUGAAAAAUUGACAUGUUUUCAAAUUAUCCCAAUUUUUAUCCGUGUAUUCGCACCGGAUGCAUUCCAAAACUGCGAUGGCUGUUUAUGGCUGUCAACUGAAUAUGAGAUCAGGAGGGAGUCGGACUUUACCUUCGGCAUCAACUGGAUGUGAGAACAGAAAGGGAGCCCGGCUUUUACCUUCAGCGUUAACUGAAUGUGUGAAGAGGAGAGAGGCCACCAUUGACAUUCAGCACCAAGAGCAGAUAUUUAGAGCUGGGAGGCAAAUAAAAUUACAAUCCAAUCCACUGAUGACGACGGCUCCGCCAUGCUGUGAUCGGCACACCUAAUUUCUCGCCGCUUCGUAUUAUUCAGUUGUAUUCGACUUCAGCGAGCUUUAAUUACAAAAACUGCUGUAUCAAACGAACUUUCACCAUCACAACUUCAAGUCGACAAACGAAGCGUAUCAGAAGUAUGCAUGUGCAACGACCCCGGAGCGGCAAAAGAGUUCGCUGCGUGCUCCAUAGUCCACCAGCUUCUGCCUCCAAUCAAGAUCCGCACGAUCCAACUCUCCAUCUCAACAACUGACCUCAAUCGUCCUGCUUCCAGGUAUCCUGACAGGCCCGCCCGCCUUCCUACCUCUCCCCUUCUCUCUACGCUGCUCCCAAAAUUACUCACCCAAGACGCUGAUCUUGCUCGGCGGAUCUACGAGGUCCUCGACCACUACACCACCUCUAUCGCCACCAGGCCCGCAGCGCUACCCCUUCCAGGAUUACCCCGUCGACGACGGUCCUUCAGAUCGAUCGAGACUGGCUUGCACACCUGCUGCUGCUCCUCCUCCUCGUCCUGCUCCUCCCGACCACGAAGGCAAGAGGUAGACAGAUAAUCCAAUCUCUUCGUUUCGCCGCCGCCGGACUGAUCGAAGGCCCGAGCAAACAAGCUUCGUUGCGUAGCCUUCGCUUCCGCCGCCUUCCGUCUUCAUCAAGGCGGGGG